GCGUUACGUGAAAAACCAUGAAACAAGGUUUUCCAACUAUACUUCACAUGAGUCUUUCAGUACAUCCAAACACGCGGGGAAUAUAGAAAAUGCUGUUGAAAGGAAAACCCAGACAGACAGUGAGACUUGCUACAUAACGUUGUCUCCAGCAAGGUGUUCCACCUCUCCCGGCGAUACUGCUUCACAUGAUCAAGUAGACAUCGAUGGAGCAGGUUGUUCGUUUUGGACAAACGAAAUAUUGGCGACACCGCAGAAAGUCACAACUACUGAUUAUCCUACAGAAGAAUAUGAUGUUACUGGAAUAUUUUCAGACACGGAACAAGAGUCAAAAUCGGUCACAAGUGACUACACUCAGCUUCUUGAAGGCGUGGAGAAACUUUCGUCACCAGCAUCUUCACCCGAACAAACCUCUCCUAAAAAAACUUUCAGCUCUGAAUCAUCAACCUUUCCGAUACAAGGCCGUCGACUGUUUGAUGUUGACUUUCUAUUCAAAGAAAUGUCGCGCAUCAGCCAACAUAACAAAGUGUUUCAGUGUUCGUUUGAAAAUAUGCGAUUAAUAAAAGAACAUAAAAAUGGAAUGAUAAGUAAAUUUGAUUUCAAGUGUAAUAUGUGUGGUACUGUUGAAUCUAUUUUCUCGGAGGACCCCCAAACAAAUAAAGUCAACUGUAACAUGGCAUGGGUGAACAGUGUGUUGUUAACGGGCCAAAGUUUUACACAGUUACAAGACAUAACUUCAACUUUGGAAAUGCCUUGCAUGGCCAAGGAGACUUUCAACAAAUGUCAAAAAUCCCUAUCUUCUGUUAUACACGAUGUCGCAUGUCAAAGUAUGGAAGCCGCUGGCAAAGAAGAAGCAAGAUUGGCAGUAGAAAAUGGCAGUGUGGAUGUCGACGGAGUUCCUCUCAUAGCAGUUGUCACUGAUGGAGCUUGGUGUAAACGAUCGUAUGGAAACAAAUAUGAUGCUCUUUCUGGGGUGGUAAGUUUGUGUAUUACGUAAUCUUAUUGCGUGUUGAAUAAUAAUUUGUAGGCAAUCUGUGUUAUAUCAGUAAUUAUGUAUUAUUAGUAACUAAAAUAAGUUCAUGACAGUGUGAACAACACGUAAUAGUUAUUUUGUUAAUAUUUCCUUCUUUUGUAGAUAAAUGCGACAAUUUAAAUUCUUUAUAAGUGCAAACAUUGUAUAGUUAUUUUGUGAUAGACCUGUUUGCUAGUAUGAAAGUCUUUUAGGCCUACCGGCAUAGAGCCAUAUACUUAGAGCCUAUUGGCAUAAUGCCAGACAUUCGAAAUAAUGUAAUUAUCCUGAUUAUACAAUGUUCGUUACCUUACAUUAAGUUUUACAGCGAACAGAUUAAAUAUGCUUGUUUUUUUUUCUUAUAGGCUUGCAUAGUAGGAAAAGAAACAAAAAAAGUUAUCUUCGCAAGCACUAGGAAUCGAUACUGCUGCAUAUGUUCACGAGCAAACAGUAAAAAUGAGACGCCAAAGGACCACGUCUGUUUCAAAAAUUGGAACAAGUCUUCAAAUGCCAUGGAAUCUGACAUCAUAGUGGAAGGUUUCAAAUGCAGUGUUUCCAUGCAUAACCUGAAAUAUCAUCAGCUGAUUGGAGAUGGCGAUAGCAGCAUUAUGACCCAGUUGGUGAAGGCUCAGCCAUAUGGUCCAAAUUUUACAAUCACCAAAAUUGAAUGUACUAACCACAUACUGCGAAAUUACCUUCGAAGGAUACGUUGUAUUGCUCAAAAGACGAAAAACGAAAUUGGUUCCGUUUCUCCUGUUCUACGAAAGGCUGUAUCUGACAAACAACUCCGCCUUCGAGCUGCAGUCACCGGAGCUGUGCAGCAUAGGCGUGCUCAAAAAGAGUUUCCAAUUCACAGAAAAAUUGAGGAGUUAAAACUUGACAUUUACAAUGGUCCAUUUCACGUAUUUGGUGACCACUCAGGAUGCGCAAUUAGAGGUUAUUUCUGUAGCGGAUUGAAAGAAAACGAGGAAAACCUUGUACCGCCUCUUCAAGAGGCAGGUAUAUGGUCAGAAAUAAUAGCAGCUCGAAACAUUGUUGCACAUCAUGCUGUAAGCCUUUUACAUAAUGUCAAUACUAAUACAGCAGAGUCUUUCAAUAAUGUGGUUUGCAAGCAUGUUUCAAGUAAACGAGUAAACUUUUGUUUGAGUGGUGGCUACCAAACAAGAAGCGAGCUCUCUGUAAUUUCUUUUAAUUCAGGUCCUCAAACACAGUCCUUUAUCCAUAAAGGUUUAACAAACAGUAGUCCUGGAAACAUCACUAAAGCUCACAUACAGCGCAAGGAACGUUCAUCAGAGAAAAGAAAGCUCAGGAGGCUGACAAACCCACAAACAUUUAAGCGCAGAAAGUUGUAUGUGACAGGUCCUGACAAGGAUUAUGGCUGUGUAGAACAACGCAUACCUGACAUGGAACCAGACGAAUAUGCAAGACAGACACAGGAAUUUCUCGCUAGUCUUUGUAAAACGGAUGAAGAACGAGAAAAUCUACAAAUCGCUACCAAAGGGCAAAAUGAUUCUGUUCUCUGGAAAUCAGAAAGAAUCAAGCGACUGACAGCAUCAAAUUUCGGUAGAAUCUGUAACAUGAAGAAAUCCACUAAGCGAGCAAAAUCCGUUGUCAAUAUAUUGUACAGUAGGUUUUCAGGGACGGAGGCCACAAGGUAUGGAUUGGAAAAUGAGCAUAGCGCCAUUCAGGAUUUUGAAGUGAACUUUGGUAAGAAGGUGGCUCGCUGUGGCUUAUUCGUCGAUAAGGAACACCCAUGGCUGGCAGCAACACCUGACGGUCUUGUUGGAGAUGAUGGUAUCCUUGAAGUAAAAUGUCCUGCCGUAGCUGCCAGAAUGUCUCCACAAGAAGCAGUGGAACAGAAAAAAGUAACAUUUUGUAACAUUGUGGAUGGUAAAAUGUUUCUGAAGAAAGGACAUGCUUACAUGUACCAAGUGCAGGGACAACUGCAUAUUACCAAUCGUAAGUACUGUUAUUUCGUCCUUUGGACACCACGUGGCUUACUAGUGCAACAAAUUGAAAGAGAGAACAGUUUCUGGAAAGAAAAAAUGAUCAACAAACUGACACAGUUUUACAUGACGUGCCUUCUACCGGAAAUAAUAGAUCCACGUUAUCCUAGGAAUAUGGAAAUCAGGGAACCUGAUAAUACACUGUAAACAAUUGAUGGACAAUAGCCUUAUAUGUAAGCCAAAAUUACCACAAACAGUACAGGUAAAUUCCCAUUUUUAAAGAAGGAUAUUAACAACAAAAAUGAUUUCAUAAAGAUUACAGUUAGGCCUAUAGAUUUUUGUUUUCUAGUCCAAUAAACAAUUGAAACAUAGAAAAUUGGCGUACUAGUUUGACGAAAGAUGUUUGAAAUGAUACAGUUAUACAGACAAGUGCCCAGUUGCCAGUUUCCGUGCCAACAGAAAAAAAAACCUUAUGUUUGUGUAUGCUGUGAAAUACUUAAAUCAAUAUAAUGUAACAGUGUAAUUGGCAUGCAGUGUCUUAUAACUUUGCACUUAGAUUAUAUUAUUAUGGGCCGUAUCUCAUUGUGAAUCGUUUUAAAAGAUAUACGUAAAAUGUUUGUUUCACUCUACAUGUUAUAUUGUGCGCUGAUAGUUUACUACUAGUAUCGAGCAGCUGUUUAUUUUUAUUUUUGGUUUUGAUGUAUUAACAUUAGUUUCAUUAUUUGUAUUUGCACCGUAUUAUUUAUCAAGAGUGUUCGAAACGAAAUAAUUUGUUAUACUGAAUCUGAAAUAGUUGUAUGAAUAUAUUUAUUUUUGUAUGUUUAAAUAUGUAAGGUGGAAUAUUUUUUUGUGUAAACAAUUAGUAUGUAUGUUCAGAGCUAUUGUAUUGUAGCUAUUGUCUCAACAGUUUCAAAACAUUAAGCCAGUUUUUUACCAUUUACUUAAGCUGAUUCAUGGUGACAACUGUCUUAUUUUGUGGUACAAAUUACAUAGAUGUAUAACCUGUAGUAAGAAUGAACAUAACAAUUCUCAUAGAUAUAAAAUGUAAAUAAAAUAUGUAAAUGUGGCAUUGUU